CACCUAGAGCAACGGUGAGAGAGAUAUGAAAACAGUUGCACUGGAAAGCACUGUGGAACAGUGAAGUAUCGCUCACACAAACAAUCAAAGGACAACCAAAUAACUUAAACAACCCUGGAGGAGCCAGAGGCAGAGACUGCACAGCACGUGAUUUGCUGAACUGCAGACACAGGGCAGCUGCAUUAGGGAGAGAAACAGAUGUUGGCCUGUCUGCUGCUCAAACAGAUGUGACUCCUGCUUUUUGGAUAAACAAACACACACACAUUCUCCUGUGGUUUCCAGGGAGAGGCAGCCUGUUGAUAUAAUUCAUCUUGGUAUAGCAAAGGGCAAUGAGACAAUUACAGCUGCAGGGGUAAACGACAGCUGAGUGUAGACAGGAAAGGAGGGUUGAGAGAGGAGGUGUGGGAUCAGGACAUGGCCCAGGUCAGAAUCAAACCAAGGUCCCUAGCAUGAGGUCACAAUGAGCUGUGCUCAGGCUGUACUGGAGGAGAGCUCUGCUAAUGUCAGUGCAAAUGCUAACACCAGCCUCAACAGCACCACCAGCGAUGAGUUGGAGUGCAAAAUCUGCUACCAGCGCUACAAUGCACACAACCGCAAGCCCAAGAUUCUGGACUGUCUGCACCGUGUGUGCGCCAGAUGCCUCAAUAAGAUCCUGGACAUGGGGGAUGGCUGCAGCUGCAUCAGCUGCCCUUUCUGCCGUCACGAGACACAGGUCAGCGAAUACGAAGUGGCCGGACUGCCCGAUGACUCAAACAUCAUGUCCCGUCUGGCAGUGCGGGACAAGUCCUGGAGCUCCGACCACAGUAAAGAGGUGGUGCUGACACCCAAAAGCCUGUCCUCCAAUGAAAGCCCCUCACAUGACUCCUCCAACUGUCUGGUCAUCACCAUCAUGGAGGUGCAACGGGACCAGCAGCGCUCACCCAGCCAAAAUGCCAGUUCUGAUUACUACGGUAACCACAGUUUGGACACUGUCUCCAUGGCAUCCAACAGUGUUGCGGUGGACCAAGACGCACUGUCCAAGUUCUGUAAUCACGUGCCCCGGAUCUUAGUGUGGCUGUUAGGCUUUUUCUACUUUGGUUCACUGCCGCUGGGCAUCUACUUGCUUGUGAUCCAGAGAGUGACUCUGGGGAUUGUGUGUGUCAGCCUGGUGCCAUCCAGCCUCACAGUCUGUCUAGUCUAUGGCUUCUGCCAGUGUCUGUGCCAGGGCAUGUGUGAUUGCUCCAACAGAGGGUGACUGGUAUUAAAUAGGUCAGAGGGGGAAAAAAAUAGGCUAUUUCAUCUCACCACACUGAGAGGAGAUAAAAAAAUAAAAAAAAAGCUCUAUACAUCAGAAUAGUCCCUGAAUCUCAUUGCUGCAAUUAAAAUGCAAUUCGUUCCAUCUGGCUUUGAAACGAUGUGCACAAGCAGCUUCGAUAAGAGGAUGGUCAAGCAUUAAAAGGAAGGUCAGUCUAGAGGAAACACUAUUAGCUUAACAUACCUUCAAGCGCUGGCAUUCUGAAGUAAACAGUUGCCCUUAAAAGAGCUUUCCAUGCAGAUCAGAUGAUGAUGCAAGAGUGGGAGUUUAUCAAAGUAGAGUGGAAGGACUUCAAGCUUUAUGUGUAUAGCCAUGCAGAGCAGAUGAGCCAACAAGAGAAAAGUUUAAUGUGGAUAAUUCUCAUUGUUGUGAAAUAAACUGCCCUUAUUAUCUCUGCCAUAACUUUAAGGCUGCAUGAGCAGCACUGUUACAGUUUAAGACUGGCCCCUGUCUGUCUGGUUAAAGACUGUUAGGUAUUACAAAGUAUCCACUGGGGUAAAAGGGGCAUUUAAAUAAAGAGAAUUGAUUGUUGAUUUUGUUGUUUAGUAAAUCUGUUUAACAUGGCCAAGCACAAAAGACCCACACCUAGACUCUUUGGAGUGUGUCACAUUAGGACAAUGAAAGCUUGAAUGAAAGCUUGACUGCAACUAAUCUCACAAGGCAACAGGGGGAACCAAAUACUACAAUAGAGUUUGUCAUACAUUCUCUCUCCUCUUUCUCUCACUGACAUCAGAAAGUCUUUUUGAGAUCUGAUGUAGUGACACAAAAUGAAAUGGCAAUGGUGUUCCAUACUUCCUGUGUGAGCUGACAUGAUGAAAACACUCCAGGAAUUCAAUAAUAGAGUACAAACAGUCCAUAUAACACUGAAGUCUGAGAGCUGCACACGGGGGGUGGAAUAUGUGCUAUUGGGCAAAUUGUGUGCAAGUUGUUAUCUAAACUCAAUUACACCUGGCCUUCAGCAAGGGGCAUCUGAAGAGGGUGGGGAGUUUCUGCAUGAUGAUGAUCUUACAGCCAUAACUAAGGUGAUGUUCUGGCUUUAAAGGGUUUAGUUCACCCCAAAAUGAAAAUUCUCUCA